GGUGCAGUACCACCAAUGCCGUCUGGCGUAGGCCUUUUUCCAAUUGCUUGCUGCUUCAACCAUUCUUGUCGUGCAAAUGUGAAUAGCUUUUUCCAUAAAAACAAACUGAUCUUCAUCAGUACGGGUAUAAGAAAGGGUGAGGAAAUCUGCGAUAACUAUGGUGCUUCAUUUUUCAAACAAACGAAGCAAGAACGUGCUGGUUUCUUAGCUGGCCGUGGAUUUACUUGUGAAUGCCCGACUUGCUUAACAGACAACUCCAUUGACGACAAGUUGGAGCCUAUCAUAGAACAUCCUGAUCUGAUUUUGAAGUCGCUGCCAAAUGUGAAGGAUUAUAGACAGUAUCGAAAUGCUCUGCCUGAUGGACAUAAAAUCAUUGAGACAAUAGCUGAGAUGUAUGUGGGAUCAGUGGGAGGAAAUGUAAGAAUAUUAUUAAAUUGCGUUCUUGCCGACUAUGAUGCAGCCUGCAAGACACCACGCAAAAAGCAAAAACAUAUGGAAAACAUGCAAGUUCAUCUAUUUGGCGCUCUUGUAAGGAUGCGGACAUUCUUUGGAAAAUUGUAUCCGGCUUAUAACGCUGCUAAGGAGCUAGCAGACCAGCUGAUCGAAAUGGAAGGAACGAAUUCGCUAAAGAAUCUGAGCAACGCUGUUGAAAGCCUGCGCGUGAUUGUGGAGGACUUGAAGCCGGGCUUACCGAGGCUUGAGUAG